GCGUGGGGAUCAUCGAUAAUUUCCACCUAUUUUGACGAAUUCUCCGUGCUGGAAACGAGCCAAGAGAGAAAACUCAGUAAUAAUCGUAACCGAGGUCGAGGUCGAGGGAGGGUUGUCAAAGUUCUGGCCUCCUCCACUUUUGCGCUUUUACUAUGUGAUGUAGAGUCACACUGCGGUCCCUAUGCAAUGCGUAUGUAUGCAAGAAGGCAAGCUAAAAAGGGUCCGCAUUCAGCCCAGUCAUUUUGCCCGUCGUUAUCGCCAUGGGAGAUGGAGACGCGGAGAUAUCCCAUGUAGGAUGUGGGAUGUGGGAUAAUCACAUAAAGACGGGCGAGGUCCCGGUGGUUUUGGGUGUGUGUGAUGAAAGACCGGAAUUACCCUCUGGAUCUUGUUGUUGUUGUUUGAAACCUUGAGUCCUGCAGCCCAUAGGACCAACCGCUGGAAGGGACCUAGACAAGAUGUCCUUGACAGACAACAAGGAAACGAAGGUCGAGCUCGGCCCCGUCUCGACGGGGUCAGACGCUGACGAGCAAAUAACCAAGCCGGUAUCGAGGUUCACUCGAUGGUACCGCAGCCCUCUGUUCAACGUCAUCAUGGUCGGCCUCAUCUCCUUCACCCAGCCCGGUGUCUGGAAUGCCCUCAACAGCACGGGUGCCGGCGGCGCGCAGGAGCCGUACUUGGUGAACGGAUCGAACUCGUUGACUUUUGGCAUCAUGGUCUUCGGCUGCUCCCUCUUCUCCAUCCUCUCCAACAAGAUCGGUAUCAAAUGGGUUCUCAUCAUCGGCACCCUCGGCUACGCGCCCUAUUCCGCCUCGCUGUACGUCAACAACCGGUACGGAACCGAAUGGUUUGUCCUCUUCGGCGGCGCCCUCUGCGGCAUCGCCGCCUCCGCCUUGUGGGCCUCCGAGGGCGCCAUCGCGCUCGGCUACGCCGACAUCAAGGACCGCGGCAAGUUUACGGGCAUCUGGCUGGGCCUGCGCGAGCUGGGCCAGCUGAUUGGCGCCUCGAUCCAGCUUUCGCUCAACGUGAAGAAGGAGGGCAGGGGCAAAGUCGGGUAUACCACGUACCUGGUGCUGAUUGCGCUGCAGUGUCUUGGGUUGCCGUUUGCGUUGCUGGUGUCGUCGCCGCACAAGGUGAUCAAGGCUGAUGGGACGAGACUCCGAGAUCCGACGUUGAAUAAGACGGUCAAGGGCGAGUUCAAGAAGAUUUGGAGUCUGUUUAAGCGCAGGCAGAUGUACUUGCUAGUACCGAUCCUGAUUGGGUUUCAGUGGAAUAGCACUUAUCUGGGGAUUUAUAUGACCAAGUACUUCUCCGUCCGCUCUCGCACCCUCGGCUCCCUCGUCUCCGGCAUCGUCGCCACGGCCGCCAACAUCUUCUGGGGCUGGUUCUACGACCGACAAUCCCUCUCGCGCCCGACCGUCGCCCGACUCACCUGGGCCUUUUUUGUUAUUCUCAUGCUGGGAACCUUUGGCUGGCAGACCGCCAACGAGAAGCUAUACGGCGACCUGAAAGCGGCAGGGACCCCGAUCACGCUCGACUGGGCCACCCCCGGCUUCGGCCGCGGGUUCGCGUCCAUGGUCAUUCUCAGGUUCCUCAACGAAAGUCACUACAUGUUUGUGUACUGGCUCAUUGGCGCCUUUUUCGAUGAUCUCGAGACGUUGGGAUUGGCAGUGGGGAUUGUGCGAAGUUUUGAGAGCGUGGGCUCGUGCUUGGCGUUUGGGAUUGGCGCGGCGCAGGUCGCGCCCAUGGUGAACCUGAUCAUUGCGUUUGCCAUGUUUGGGUUUACGAUCCCGGCGACGUCGGCGGUGGUGUAUAUGGUGCCGGAGAGGCCGGUAAAUUUGAGGAAGUUGGAGGCGGAGGAUGGUGGUGGUUCCACUUCUACCUCUACCUCUACCUCUACGUCUGAUGGUGAACCGCCGGGUGUUAUUGCGAAGGAGGCGAGCAUCGAGAGCUCUGUGGUGGCUGCCCUUGGUUCCUCUACGGAUGAAAAGGAACGGGAUGCAGUGCAGCCGCCGGGUUACGAGCUGAAGUAAGAUGAGAUGAAGUUGGACGCGAUGGGACGGAAGGAACGGGUGGAACGGGAGGAACGGGAGGAACGGGAGGAACGGGAUGGAAAGACAGCAACUUCCACUUGAUACCCAACCUCGAGAUGGCCAUUUUGGUAUAUUGGAGGAUACCUAAUAAUAUGAGUAAUAUAUGGUCAAGCCUUGUUGUCGCAAAUUGGC